UAUAGGUUUGUCAAUCAAAGAUACCUUCCGAUCGAUUUAAUUUCCAUAGACAAGUAUUUCCAGAGAGAGAGAGAGAGAGAGAGAUGGGGGUGGAUCUUUCAUCUUCCUAGCUAGUUAGCUAGUUCUCUCAUUCUAGGGUUUUAUUCUUCAUUCGUUCUAGCUAUAUAUCUAGGGUUAUAGAUCAUAUAUAAUGUGAUCUUUUAUUCUGUGGGGGAAUAAGGUUUGGGUGUAGUAUAACUAGCUUACCUGCAGGCUGGAGAACUACAGGAGGAGAGAUAGAUUCAAUAUAUAUCAGAUCAUAUAUAGCUUGAGCUUCUAGUACGUAAUUAGCCCUAGCUAGUUGUCGAAAGAAUCAGUAGGCUCCUCUGUACAGAUUGAUCAGAGAUAUAUAAGAUCAGAUAUUAGUUAGUACGUAGCCAGAUGUGCAUUCCAGUUUCUUUGUAAUUAUAUCCAAAAAGGCUACGUCUGUCAGGGAGAUUCAAAUGGAAAGUGAUGACAAAGGCAGUUAUCUGAAGAAAAGCCACUGCGAGGAUCAGGAGACUGAUCGUGAUGACGAGGGGGAGAGCUGCACUGUGAAAGAUGGAGGAAGUUCAAGCAACAGCACGGUUGAUGAGUGCGAGAAGAAGCCUUCUGUGCGGUCAUAUGUCCGAUCCAAGAUGCCGAGGCUCCGGUGGACACCCGAUCUUCACAUCCGCUUUGUGCACGCUGUGGAAAGGCUUGGUGGACAAGAGAGAGCAACCCCAAAGUUAGUGCUUCAACUGAUGAACAUUAAAGGACUGAAAAUUGCUCAUGUCAAGAGCCACUUGCAGAUGUACAGGAGCAAGAAGAUUGAUGGAUCAAAUGAAGAUCACAGGCUCUUUAUGGAAGGUGUAGAUCAGAACAUUUACAAAUCAACUCAGCCGCCUCAUUUUACCAACUUCAACCAAAGAAAAAUCUCAAACUUCGGGUAUGGAGAUGCUCCUUGGAUUAAUAGUCAUGGAAAACGGAUGCAUGACUUUACUAUGGGGCAGACUCCAAGCAGCAAGCUGACGAAGCCAGGAUUUUAUAGUACAAUGACAGAAAGGUUCUUGGGCAGCAAAUUCCAUAGAUCAACAAACACUGAUCUUUGUUCCAGAAUUUCCUCUUUCAAUGAAGGAUCCAUACGGCUCAUCAAUGAAGAUACGAAACAAGAAUAUGCUUCAAGGCAGAAGCAAGAAAAUUGGGUAGGUCAAUCUACUGAGUUCAACUCUUUGAAGCUGAUCCAGAAUGGAGUUCUUGGGCAUAUAAUGGUGCCACCAUCAGGCACUGGUGAGAGCUGCAUGAGCCACCUGAAGAAGGUUGGAUACAAAAGAAAAGCCUCUGAUGCUGAACUUGAUUUGAAUUUAUCACUUGGGCUGGAACCAAAACAUGUGGAACCGGAGGAUAAGCAAUACCUGGAUUUGUCACUGCACAUUACCCCUACCUCUUCAAAGUUUAUUAAGAAGAUGACAAUUGAAACUCUUGGUUGCGAAACUGCAAGAGGGAUGAGUACUCUGGAUCUGACUCUAUGAAUUAGGUAAGAUUCUAAGUGAGAUCUUGAGGUACUUGUUUCUGAGUUUGCAUUUCUAAGACUGUCUUGUAGCAUUAAGAUAGAACCGAUAAUCAGAAUCGUUUGCAAAUGUUUAUUUCUUGUGAUCUAAUAUAUCUAUCUAUAUCUA